AUGGAGCCGCACCUGCUCCUCCUCAUCUUCCUGCCAAUCAUCGGAUUCUCCGCGGCCGUCAGCCAGGAGCCCCACCAGCUGCGCAAGAGCUGGGGCCAGAUCAUGGUGCUGGCCUGGCCGGGCGUCGUUAUCCAGUUCCUGCUCAUCGCGCUCUGUGGCAAGUAUUUCUUCCCCUACAACUGGUCCUGGCCUGAGUCGUUCCUGUUUGGGGCCAUGCUGUCGGCGACAGACCCCGUGGCGGUGGUGGCGGUGUUGCAGGAGCCCGCUCUGCUCCCCGCCGCCCCCCGCUGA